AUGGAAGAAAAAAUGAAUCAUCCUUAUAUUAAUUUUAUUGAUCUUCCUGUGGAAAUUCUGUAUAUUAUACUCAAUAAACUGGAUAAUGUUGAUGUUCUUUAUUCAUUAUUUGGUAUAAAUAAUAAACGACUCGAUUUCAUAAUACAAGAUCACAUUUUCUCCAAUACUCUUAAUUUGACAAAAAUUGUGAAUAAUGCCCCAAUAUUUGAUCGAUUUCGUAAUUUUAUAAUACCUGAAAUACGUUCAAAUGUCAAAUGUCUGAUUGUCGAUUCUUCAUCAAUCGAACAAAUUCAUUAUCCAAAUGUAAAUCAUUUAAAAUUUACGAAUUUUCAACGUGAUAAUUCACUUCAACAUUUUCAAGAUGAAUCACCUGUUGGUUGUAUUUUGAAAAACCAAAUAACAAAACUCGAACUGACAAAUAUUGAUCGUGAAUCUACGAAAACAUCAUGGGAAAGAUAUACACAAACAGUUUAUGCGCACAUUCUAAAUUAUUCUAAAAAAUUAGAGCAUCUCGGUGUACUUAGAAAAACCGUAUAUGGAAAUCCACCAUUAUUAGUACAUAAUUUAUCAGCAAAUACAUUUUCUUCAUGUACUCUCACUUAUUUAUCUAUUUAUGUGAGUACAUUUACUGAUUGUCUUUGUUUACUUGAUGGUCGUCUCAAACAACUAAACACA